AGGGGCGUGUGCCAGCGCGCGCGCUCCCGGGAAGGAGCGGUCUAAGCGCCCGCACGAGCAGCCCAGUAUUUCGGGACGGAGUGUCGGGGCCGGCGGGCCGAGGGCAGGCUCGGGCACCAUGGCCGCCCUCCUGCUGCUGCUGCCGCUGCUGCUGGUGCCGCUGCUGCUGCUUCGGAAGCAGCCCCUGUGGCUGCAGCUGCGCUGGCUGGCGGCUGACCUGGCCUUCGCCGUGCGCGCCGCGCGAUGCAAAAGGGCCCUCCGCGCGGAGGCGCUGGCCGCUGCCGCCGCCGACCCCCAGGGUCCCGAGGCGGGCUGCAGCCUGGCCUGGCGCCUCGCGCAGCUGGCUCGCCGGCGGCCCGCGCACACUUUCCUCGUGAGCGGCGCGCGGCGCUUCAGCUACGCCGAGGCAGAGCGCCAGAGCAACCGGGCGGCGCGAGCCUUCCUGCGCGCGCGGGGCUGGAGCGCGGGGCCGGGAGACGGCGGCGAGGCGCGGGCCGAGAGCGCGGCCCCUCUGACCCCGGGGGCCACCGUGGCGCUGCUCCUUCCCGCCAGCCCCGAGUUCCUGUGGCUCUGGUUCGGGUUGGCCAAGGCCGGCCUGCGCGCGGCCUUUGUGCCCAGCGCCCUGCGCCGCGCCCCCCUGCUGCACUGUCUCCGCGGCUGCGGCGCGCGCGCGCUGGUGCUGGCGCCAGAGUUCCUGGAGUCCCUGGAGCCUGACCUGCCGGCCCUGAGAGCCCUGGGGCUCCACUUGUGGGCGGCAGGACCUUCCCCCGCUCCUUCGGGCAUCCCGGACCUGCUGGCAGAGGCCGCGGCAGAAGCAGACAAGCCUGUGCCCGGGUACCUGUCCGCCCCACAGAAUGUGAUGGACACGUGCCUGUACAUCUUCACCUCAGGCACCACAGGCCUCCCCAAGGCUGCGCGCAUUAGCCACCUGAAAGUGCUGCAGUGCCAGGCCUUUUACCAGCUGUGUGGCGUCCACCAGGAGGACAUCAUCUACCUAGCUCUGCCACUCUACCACAUGUCCGGUUCGCUGCUUGGCAUCGUGGGCUGCCUGGGCAUUGGGGCCACAGUGGUGCUGAAGUCCAAGUUCUCAGCGGGCCAGUUCUGGGAGGACUGCCAGCAGCAUGGGGUCACUGUGCUCCAGUACAUCGGCGAGCUGUGCCGCUACCUUGUCAACCAGCCACCGAGCCCAGCAGAGCACGGACACCGAGUACGGCUGGCGGUGGGCAGCGGGCUGCGGCCAGAUACCUGGGAGCGGUUCGUGCGGCGCUUCGGGCCCCUGCAGGUGCUGGAGACCUAUGGCCUCACUGAGGGCAACGUCGCCACCUUCAACUACACGGGCCAGUGCGGCGCUGUGGGCCGGGCCUCCUGGAUUUACAAGCUCGUCUUCCCCUUCGCUCUGAUCCGCUAUGAUGGCACCACAGGGCAGCCGAUCCGGAACGCCAAGGGGCGUUGCGUGGCCACCUGUGCAGGGGAGCCCGGGCUGUUGGUGGCCCCCGUGAGCCAGCAGUCCCCGUUCCUGGGCUACGCUGGAGGUCCCGAGCUGACCCAGGGCAAGCUGCUGCAGGACGUCUUCCGGCCCGGGGACGUGUUCUUCAACACCGGAGACCUGCUCGUCCGUGACACAGACGGUUUCCUGCGCUUCCACGACCGCACUGGAGACACCUUCAGGUGGAAGGGGGAAAACGUGGCCACCACCGAGGUUGCAGGAGUCCUGGAGGCCCUCGACUUCCUGCAGGAUGUGAAUGUCUAUGGCGUCCGCGUGCCAGGGCAUGAAGGCCGGGCCGGAAUGGCAGCCUUGGUGCUGCGGCCCCCACACAGCCUGGACCUCGCCAGGCUCUACAGCCACGUGUCUGAGAACUUGCCACCUUAUGCCCGACCGCGGUUCUUGAGGCUCCAGGAGUCUCUGGCCACCACAGAGACCUUCAAGCAGCAGAAGGUGCGACUGGCCCAGGAGGGCUUUGACCCGAGUGCCGUGUCAGAGCCACUGUACGUGUUGGACGGGGCCGCUGCUGCCUACCUGCCACUCACAGCCGCCCGGUACCGCGCCCUCCUGACAGGGCACCUGCGCAUCUAAGCACCUCGGGCCCUAAGCCUUCCUGGCACUGCUUUUAUUGCCGUUGUUUUCUAAUAAAAAGGGUGGAAGCUGCUGCUCUGACCCAGGGAACCGUCUGGCUGUCUGUGGGGACACAAGCCGUGGGCACCUCUCCAGCUGUGCCUCUGGGUGAUCCUUGUCCUGGGAGAGACCUCACCGUGCUCCCAGGGACCCGCUGAGGGCAGCCCCAGGUGGUUAGGGUGUUCGGGACACAGACGGCUGCCCUGACAUAGGUGUCCCUCCCCAUUCCCCCCCACCGCCCCUGGCUCCACAAAUGCGGGUGAGGCCAGGUGGGGAUGAGCUCCUGGCUCCCCUUCUCAGCUGUCUGAAAAAGAGGCCGUUGAGGAGGAUCGGCCACUUAGUGCUGUUGGCCCUAGUCUUUGCCGGGGCCACACCCAGCAGACCUCAAGGGGUCCCGCAGCUAGGGUGCCAGGGAUGACACUCAUGUCCCCAUGCCAAACCUGUGCUCAGCCUUUGAGCCUUCUCUCCUCUCCAGCUGUUGACUCUUUGUUGUGAGUUUUUGUUGGCGGGAGCGCAGGGUUAGACCAUACCCCCAUAUGCCGAGCUUACUCCUGGCUCUGCGCUCAAGGAUCACUCCUGGUGGGCUCGGGGAGUCUUUUGUAGUGCCGGGUAUCAAACCUGGGUCAGUCACAUGCAAGGCCAGCACCCUGCCUGCUCUACUGCCUCUAUGCCCCCGAUUUUGUUUUUUAGAGUAGUUUUCACUCUAUUUUCCUCUUCCCUUCUCUCUGUGCUUCUGGGAUCCCACACACUGGGGUGUGGUAUGCCAGAGAUCCUACCCUUUGGAACCCAGUCACGAUCAUGCUAUCAACAGAUCUGAGGAGGGGGGCAAGAGAAAUAGCACGGUGGGUAAAGCACUUGCUUUGCACAGGGCCAAUCCGGGCUUGAUCCUCAGCACCCCAGCCCCCAUUAGGAGUGAUUCUUGAGUGCAGAGCCAGGAGUAAGCCCUGAGCACAUCUGCGUAUGGCCCAAAAAGUAAAAGUGGGGAGAAAAAAAAUCUUCCCAGAAGCAGCAGGCAGACUGGGAGUCCCCAGGUUCUGGAGAGUGACAGAACCUGGGGUAUGCCUGAGGUGGCAGGAGGCCUAGAUGGAACAAGAGGAGGAAGACUGCCCUGACCCUAAGGUGAGGUGUCAGAAACUUCAGUAUCUAAGAGCUGAGGAGGGGGACCAUAGAGAUAGUUCAGCAGGCAGGGCACUUACCUUUCAUGUGGCCAACUUGGCCCAGCCCUGGCGCCUCAUAGGGUCACUCUUACCUGGAGUAAGCCCCGAGCACCACCAGCUAUGCCCCAACAGAUAUAAGCUAGUAGUGAGAGUCAGGGAGAUGGCUCAGUGGCGGGGACAGACUUUGCAUGUAGGAGCCCCAGGCUCCAUCUCCAGACCACGUGGUUCCCCCACCCCACCCCGCACAGCUGGAAGCCAUGCAAGAGCAAGGAGCCAGGAGUGGUCCAUUAUCAGUGUCAGUGUGGCCCUCAGAAACCCAAAUAAUUAAAGCUUGAGGGGCUGGAGAGAUAGUAUAGUAGGCAGGGCAUUUGCCUUGCAUACGACCGACCUAGGUUCGAAUCCCAGCAU